AUGACAUGCAAUAUUGCUUCGGCAUUCAAGGCUUUAUGUUUGUCUCUCUUGUUCGUCGCCGUUGCAAGUCGUCCGACCUUCAGGCCAAAAGUUUUCAACGUCCAAAGUUAUGGUGCUAAACCUGAUGGCAAAACUGAUAAUGCAAACGCAUUCACAAAAGUAUGGAAAAAUGCAUGUGAAAGAAGAGAUGGAAGUAGUAAAAUCUAUGUACCAAAAGGAACAUUCUAUCUCGGUGGUGUAGAAUUCAUUGGUCCAUGCAAAAACCAGAUUGAAUUCGUCAUCGAUGGAACGUUACUGGCUCCUGCAAACCCUAGCGACAUUAAGCAAGACACAUGGAUCAACUUCAGGUACAUCAACAAUCUAUUUAUCUCUGGUUGUGGUAUACUCGACGGUCAAGGAAAGCAGUCUUGGCCACUUAAUGACUGCCACAAAAACACAAAUUGUCCUAAACUAGCCAUGACUAUGGGAUUUGCAUUCGUAAACAACUCAAGAAUCAAUGGGAUAACAUCACUCAAUAGCAAAAUGGGACACUUCAACUUCUUCUCCGUACAUCACUUCAACAUUACCGAUGUUACUAUUACAGCUCCUGGCGAUAGCCCCAACACCGACGGUAUCAAGUUCGGUUUCUCAAGCAACAUUCACAUUUCCAACACACACAUCGGUACCGGAGACGAUUGUAUCGCCAUUCUCUCUGGGACAUCUAACGUUAAUAUCUCGAACGUCAAUUGUGGUCCUGGACAUGGUAUCAGUGUUGGAAGCUUAGGAAAGAACAAAGAUGAGAAAGAUGUUCAGGGCUUAACGGUGAGGGACAUUGUUUUUAACGGCACAAGCGAUGGUAUUCGGAUCAAGACAUGGGAAUCUUCUGCUUCGAAGAUCAUUGUUUCUAACUUCGUGUAUGAGAAUAUUCAAAUGAUUAAUGUUGGGAAACCUAUCAACAUCGAUCAGAAGUACUGUCCUUACCCGCCUUGUGAAAAAAAGGGAGAAUCUCACGUUCAGAUCAAAGACCUUAAAUUAAAGAACAUAUAUGGAACCUCUAAGAAUAAAGUAGCAGUGAAUUUGCAAUGUAGCAAAAGCUUUCCGUGCAAGAAUGUUGAGCUAAUUGACAUUAACCUAAAGCAUAAUGGAGUCGAGGGUGGUCCUUCUACUGCAGUGUGCGAGAAUAUUGACGGUUCUGCACGUGGCAAGAUGAUUCCUCAAAAUUGUCUGAAUUGA